AUGGAGGGCGUUGUCCAGUGUUUCCAAUAUCCAAGCCAAGUUCUGAGAGGCUACCAACGAGCAGCUACAUCGAUCGACCCUUCGCAAUUGCCGGCAGUGCCCCUGUACACCAACCUACAUCGAAAAACACAAGACUCUGACGCCCAGUCCUUAUCAUCUAGCGACACUGAUAUCAUGGCCCGCUGGACAGUCAAGAAGGCCGUAGAUGGAUUGGCGAGCACAUACAAUCUGGUCCAAAGGUUCCUGGGAGCUAGUGUCCCCGGAAGACGCAUCGUUCCCCGACAGAACGAGAAAAACGACGGGCAAGUCCAAGUAAGGCUCGAUACGGGAGAAAAGGUGGAUGGCAGAUUCCUUACGAUCUACCUGCAAGCCAACAAACAGGCUUCGGCCUCUACGCUCCUGAAGUUCAUCAAGAAAUACGGCACUCAUGAAAACUUGGCCGUUGGCAAGUUCGAUACCAAGGCUGAGGAUCUCGACGCAGAGGUGGAGAGAGUCUGUAAUGACAUGGUAGAGCAGGCUGAGAAGAAGCUUUGAUAUACCCAGCUUACCUACAGCACUUACCUCGACGC